GAAGAGGAUUUACCAUAUAAACCCUCAAACUUGGCGAAAAUAUCGUAAUCAUCCCUUCAUAAAGCGAGAGACACCGAUUGAUCUACUCUCCAAGUUUUCGAUUUCUCUUCCCUCACUUCUUCUUCUACCCUCUCUGUUUGGCGCUCUCUCUCUUUCACUCUUCGACAUGACUAUGAUGACUCCGCCGCCGCUUGAUCAGCAAGAGGAUGAGGAGAUGCUGGUUCCGCAUUCCGAUGUAGUCGAGGGACCUCAGCCCAUGGAAGUUGCUCAAGGUGAGGCUGCUGCUGCUGAUGUGGAGAAUCCGACGGUUGAGGAACCUCCCGCUAUGAAAUUCACAUGGCUUAUCCCAGGGUUCACUAGGAUCAACUUCAGGAAGCAUUACUCUGAUGUUUUUGUUGCUGGAGGUUUUAAAUGGCGAGUAUUGAUUUUUCCAAAAGGAAACAAUGUGGACCAGUUGGCCAUGUAUUUAGAUGUUGCUGAUGCUGCGAGUUUGCCCUACGGUUGGUGCAGAUAUGCACAUUUCGGCCUGACUGUAGUGAAUCAAAUCAACAACAGAUAUUCCGUGAGAAAAGAGACCCAACAUCAAUUCAAUGCAAGAGAAAGCGAUUGGGGGUUUACAUCAUUCAUGCCUCUCGGCGAGCUCAACGAUCCCACUCGUGGAUAUUUAGUUAAUGAUACUGUUCUGAUUGAAGCUGAAGUUGCUGUGCGGAAGGUUCUUGAUUACUGGGCAUAUGACUCAAAAAAAGAGACGGGGUUUGUUGGACUUAAAAACCAAGGUGCCACAUGCUACAUGAAUUCUCUCUUGGAGACGUUGUACCACAUUCCUUACUUCAGAAAGGCUGUUUACCACAUGCCAACAACUGAGACUGAUGCACCUACAGCGAGCAUCCCACUGGCGCUCCAGAGUUUGUUUUACAAACUUCAGUAUAAUGACACCAGUGUAGCAACAAAGGAGCUGACAAAGUCGUUUGGCUGGGACACGUAUGAUUCGUUCAUGCAACAUGAUGUUCAAGAACUCAACCGAGUUCUCUGUGAAAAGCUUGAGGACAAAAUGAAGGGAACUGUUGUGGAGGGAACAAUACAGAAGUUGUUUGAGGGUCACCAAAUGAAUUACAUUGAGUGCAUUAAUGUAGAUUACAAAUCCACACGGAAAGAAUCAUUCUAUGACCUCCAGCUUGAUGUUAAAGGCUGCAAAGAUGUCUAUGCUUCUUUUGACAAGUAUGUUGAAGUUGAACGCCUUGAAGGAGACAACAAAUACCAUGCAGAAGGACAUGAUUUGCAGGAUGCGAAAAAAGGUGUUCUGUUUAUCGACUUUCCGCCCGUACUUCAACUUCAGCUCAAGAGGUUCGAGUAUGAUUUUAUGCGAGACGCAAUGGUUAAGAUUAAUGAUCGAUAUGAGUUUCCUCUUCAACUGGAUCUCGACAGAGAGAAUGGAAAAUAUUUAUCCCCUGAUGCUGACAAGAGUAUCCGUAAUCUCUAUACACUCCACAGUGUCUUAGUUCAUAGUGGUGGAGUUAAUGGAGGGCACUAUUAUGCUUAUAUUAGGCCAACACUUUCAGACCAGUGGUAUAAAUUUGAUGAUGAACGGGUGACAAAGGAAGAUGUGAAUAGGGCAUUGGAAGAGCAAUAUGGUGGUGAAGAAGAGUUACCGCAUAAUAAUCCUGGUUUCAAUAAUCCACCUUUUAAAUUCACAAAGUACUCGAACGCAUACAUGCUUGUUUAUAUCCGGGAAAGCGACAAGGAUAAAAUUAUAUGCAACGUUGAUGAAAACGACGUUGCAAAACAUUUACGGGUGAGGCUGAAAAAAGAACAAGAAGAAAAAGAAGAUAAAAGAAAGUACAAGGCUCAAGCUCACCUUUUCACGACAAUCAAGGUUGCAAGAGAUGAAGACAUCUCUGAGCAAAUUGGAAAGAAUAUACAUUUUGAUCUUGUUGAUCAUGAAAAAGUCAAGAGUUUUCGAAUCGAGAAACAGACCCCCUUUCUGCUAUUUAAGGAAGAGGUGGCCAAAGAAUUUGGUGUCCCGGUUCAGCUGCAGCGGUUCUGGUUUUGGGCAAAGCGGCAAAACAGUACUUAUCGUCCCAACCGCCCCUUGUUACCCCAUGAAGAAUUACAGAUGGUAGUUGGCCAUCUAAGAGAGGCAUCAAACAAGGCUAACAAUGCUGAAUUAUUUCUGUUUUUGGAAAUAGAGCGUGGACUGGAUGGGCGUCCUAUUCCUCCCCCAGACAAGUCACUUGAAGACAUUCUCCUUUUCUUUAAGCUCUAUGAUCCUGAGAAUGGAGUACUAAGAUAUGUUGGCAGGCUCAUGGUGAAGAAUUCCAGUAAGCCCCUGGAUAUACUAGGGGAACUGAUUCAAAUGGCCGGCUUUGCUCCUGAUGAGGAAAUAGAACUUUUUGAGGAAAUAAAGUUUGAACCUCGUGUAAUGUGCGAACAUCUGGAUAAGGAGCAGUCUUUCAGAUUAUCUCAGAUUGAAGAUGGAGAUAUCAUUUGCUAUCAGAAAGCCCUUGCUAUUCAGGAGAAUGAAUGUCUAUACCCGGAUGUUCCAUCUUUUUUGGAGUAUGUACAGAAUCGAGAGGUGGUGCGUUUUCGUACUCUGGAAAAGCCAAAAGAUGAUGAGUUUACUAUGGAGUUGUCAAAGUUGUACACGUAUGACGAUGUUGUGGAUAGAUUGGCUGAGAAGAUUGGCCUUGAUGAUUCAUCGAAAAUUAGGCUUACUCCUCACAAUUGCUACUCCCAGCAACCCAAGCCUCAGCCUAUUAAAUAUCGUGGAGUUGACAAUCUUUCAGAUAUGUUAGCUCACUAUAAUCAGACGUCUGACAUUUUGUAUUAUGAAGUUCUGGACAUUCCUCUUCCUGAAUUGCAAGGUCUUAAGACUCUAAAAGUAGCUUAUCAUCAUGAUACAAAGGACGAGGUGAUAAUUCACACUAUCAGACUGCCUAAGCAGAGUACUAUCGGAGAUGUUGUUAACGAGCUUAAAACAAAGGUGGAGCUUUCACAUCAAGAUGCAGAACUGAGGCUGCUUGAGGUGUAUUCUCACAAAAUCUACAAGAUCUUUUCAUCUACCGAGAGAAUUGAGAAUAUCAAUGACCACUACUGGAACUUACGAGCAGAAGAGAUACCUGAGGAAGAGAAGAAUAUUGGUCCCAGUGAUCGGUUAAUUCAUGUGUACCAUUUUACUAAAGAGGCCGGACAAAAUCAGACGCAUGUACUUAAUUUCGGGGACCCCUUCGUUUUGGUAAUCCGCGAAGGUGAAACUUUAGAAGAAAUCAAGACCCGUAUCCAAAAGAAACUUCAUGUACCUGAUGAGGAGUUUGCCAAGUGGAAGUUUGCUUUUUUUUCAAUGGGACGUCCCGACUACUUGCAGGACACAGAUGUUGUUUAUAACCGCUUUCAGAGAAGGGAUGUAUAUGGUGCGUGGGAGCAGUAUCUUGGGUUGGAGCACGUUGAUAAUGGUCCUAAAAGGUCUUAUCAUGUAAGACUCGCUAUCUCUGUCUAUGUCUCUCUUUAA